UAAAAGAGAAAAAAGAAUAAAAUAAUAAUAAUAUAGAAAAAUACAGAAAAAAAAAGAACAGGAUAACACCGAUGAUAUAACCAGACUUGUGUCGACUUUGGGUCUCCUGGCGGGAAACAAGUGUGCGACGCAGUACACGAAUGAACGUUACAGUGGGCGCACUCUCGUCCUCCGCUCCCAUGUGCCCCGUAUAAGUUAUUAUGACGAUUACGAUAAGCGGUAACGCGAAAACAAAUGGCUUCGCCGCGAAUAGUUUCCACGUUGAAGCGCCUGCCCCGAACAUUCGAUAAUGUGCUGGACACCAGUCCGAGGACCCCGAGGAACGUUCGCGUGCAACGGCAGGAGAACGAGAAGCUGCUGUCGCCGUUCAACAUCGACACCCCCAACAGAAUGAAGAUACUGCGGGAGGGCCUGCCGAAGAAACAGUGUCCUGUGUUGGGAACGGGUGCCUUCGGCACCGUCUACAAGGCGUUCUACAAAGGAGACCAAGUGGCGGCCAAGGUGAUUCAACGCAGGCAGAACGACGACGAAACGAUCAGCUCGGAGGGGCACGCGGCGAUCCUGCGGCACGCGAAUAUCGUGAGAAUACUGAACGUAGAGCGGGGCAGCAGUUUGUCGUUGAUUACGAUGGAACUGUGCGGCACGUCGUUGCAGGACAAACUGCAGGAGCAGGUCCUCGCGAGGCAGGAGCGCGUCUCCAUCUGGCGAGACGUCGGCCACGCGCUGCGAUUCUGCCAUAAUUCCGGCGUGAUACACGCGGACGUCAAGCCGACCAAUAUCCUGAUGACCGCCGACGGUCGACCUAAACUCACUGAUUUCGGUAGCUCUCUCCUGAUCGAUGAAUCGCACAUUUCUGUCAAGCCGCGAGUAUGCACACAUACACACACACACACGAUUGUUGAAACCUUUAUUCUCGAAGUGGCUUAUCCUUCAACAAUUCACAGCUGAUUCCUGACCGAUGGCUCGUUAAAGAAAUUAACCAAUCACAGUCGAAUUAUAGAAGAAUAAUCAAUUGUGUUUGGUCAGUUUCUUAAAUCAUACCUUAAAUUCUCAUUGUAGACCCUGCUUAAGUGUCGAUCUACAAUAUAGAGUUUUAAACUUCAAACUUUAAGAAAUCACAAUUGAUUAUUCUUCUACAAUUCGAUCGUGAUUGCUCAAUUUCUUAAGGCUUAGGACUUAAAGCACUUAUUGUAGAUUAGGACUAACGCAUCUUGAUCCUGAUUGAGCUUUCUCUUUUACGAGAACUCACCGGUUUCCUCCUUACCAGGGUACACCAGGGUACGCAGCACCGGAGGUGCUCAGAGGAGACGCGCCCACAUUUGCCGCUGACGUUUAUUC